UUCAGUGACCAGUGUAACAGUAGCCGCGAUCGGAUGUGCAAUCGUAAUCGAUCCGAGCGGAAUUAAGUCACAUACCCAUUGAAGAAGAGAGAAUGGUCGAAGGAAACAGAUCGUCUACAGUGGUGAGCUUCCUGCUGAGUCCCCGGCUUUAUGGGUUCAUCGUUGGAAUCCUAAGUUUGUGGGCCAUGCUGGCAGCCAUUUCCGCUUCCGUUUAUCUGCUGGUGAAAUACGACGACAUCAGGGAGGUGCCGGAAAGUUUAAAACCGUACUACAGCCAUGCCACCGUCGACGUCGUUCUGAUAUCGCUAAGCUUAGUCAUUGUCGCCAUCUAUAUGAUUGGCAUCUUCAAAGCCAACGAGCUCUAUUUGAUGCCGUUCUUAGCGCUACUCGUGGUGGACUUUUCGGUCUACAUUGUGUCUGAGUCGAUUGCCCGGAUUAAGGUUGACCCCGAAAGUGAAAUCGAUGAAGCCCCAAACGGAACGGAAGGCCGGUGGAAGAAAAAUCUCUCCGAAAUUGUUGUAUUCACGUUAAUGUUCGUAACAGUCGUUCAUCUCUAUCAGACCUUCAAAUAUCAGAGGCACCUGAAGGGCCAAAGUUCAGCCGGCUAUCGGUCCAUUUCAGAGAACGACGAAACGGUGGGCAUGUAAGGUGGAAUUGCAGCAAUUUUUUUUCGUGAUUUGAGCACCGAUCCGUAACCUAACUGUAAAUAUUAUUGAAAUGAUAUACUAACUAGACGUAACUGUUACUUGAUAUUAGAAAAUACAAUAGAUAUGCUUUUUGCAUGUUUAAGGUCCCGAGAAUCAAUCCAAAAGUGAUGGCAUUCUUAUAAUUUUAAGAUUAAUUUAAGUUAUUGUAAAUUUCUACAUCCAUAGUAAUCCUCGAAACCAAAUGAAUUCAAAUUUACAGUUUUUUUCAGUUUUACUUCCUUAACUUGAAAUUUAAAUUUUCAAUUCAGAUUUCCUUUGCCUCCAACUGAUUAUUUUUUCUCAAGUUCAGGCCUGAGAAUUCCUUAUUACGCUCUCGACUGGAAUUUUCAAUGAACAGAUCGGAUUGUUUUUUCAAUUUUCUUUUCGGAAAAGAUAUCUCUUACAACCUUCUGUUGACUUUUUUCCGCCUAAGCUCGCCAACCGAAAAUCCGCCGGCCGCAAAAAAUCGGCAAGCUACCUGUCCAUUGAAUUGUCUACAGGUGUACGGAUGAUGGGCUGAAUGGAUGGCGUGCAGAAAACAUUGCUCGGUCCUAACCUAACCUAGCUAGUUCUCCACUAGGCUGUGACAGACAGCUGAUGGCAAUCGGUAGUCAGGCCCAAAGUCACGGUCACAUGAAUAAAUGAUACAAAUUUGGGAACGGAGGCGUCAGGCGGGCGUUCGUCGAUGGUGUGGAAAAUUCAUGCUUCGACCGGAUUGUUUUUUUGGCGCUGGCUUGAAGCCGGUCGUGGGAGGAUUUGUCGAUGGCCUCUGUUUUUGGAAAACCGAUUUAGGCGAACUUUAUAACUCUCUUUUGAAGAUUUAGAGUUUUAUUGAAGUACUGUAAAAUUAUCUGAUGGUCAUUUAGUGAUUUAGAAAACUUGUUCAAAUGAAGUGCACGUUUGAUGAUUUGGUUAUAGAAACAUUUCUUUAUCACUUGUUAUAUUAUCGCAGUAUUUCUGCUUGGAUAUAGAACUCGAAAUUUAUAGAAAACUAGCUGACCCGGUAAACUUCGUUUUACCUUCUAAAGUAUAAAUCGUAAUAAAUGUUUAAUUUCAUCUACACGUCCUUAACUGCAUUGUGCUCGCCAAUAGAUUCUUAUGGAAAUUGUAACAAAUAAAGUUUAAUUUGUAUUGGGACCCCCUAUCAUCAAAAGUGAGAUCCUUGAAACUAUUAUACAAACCAUCUCUGACCCAAAAAACCCUUGGAUACCAAAUUUCACUUCAUUCCGACCGACCAUUCAUACGUGAUGUUAUUACAAAGAAAACGCCUUCAUUUUUAUAUAUAAGAUGUGAAGAAGAGAUAACUUUGUAUGGGGACCCCUCUUUCAUAAAAAGUGAGAUUCUUGAAAGUAUUAUACAAACCAUCUCUGACCCAAAAACCCUCGGAUACCAAAUUUCACUUCAUUCCGACCGACCAUUCAUACGUGAUGUUAUUAAAAAGAAAACGCCUCCAUUUUUAUAUAUAAGAUGUGAAGAGAUAAUUUUGUAUGGGGACCCCCUUUCAUAAAAAGUGAGAUUCUUGAAAGUAUUAUACAAACCAUCUCUGACCCAAAAAACCCUCGGAUACCAAAUUUCACUUUAUUCCGACCGACCAUUCAUAAGUGAUGUUAUCACAAAGAAAACGCCUCCAUUUUUAUAUAUAAGAUACUAGCAGACCCGGUAAACUUCGUCUUACCAUGUUAAACUUGGCGUCUAUUUUCCAUUUUUUCUUUGCUGUUUGACUUUAAAAAAGCAUCAAAUCUUGAGUUGUUAAUCGUCUCGCUUUCUUGAACAUGUCCUAGUUUUUUUUACAUAUCCAUAUUUUCCAUUUGCUCGAAUUGUUCUGCCUAAUUAUCUCGGAAUCAAAUCUAAGAACUUCAACUCAAUUCUACGGGUCUUUUCAUAAAUUACCAAAAAAUUUGCGCCAAUCAAUCUUACAUGCAUUUUACAUGAAAACUUUUCAUUCACAUUCGGAUGCUUUGAGUAUUGCCGAAUGGUAUCAGAUAUCAGCUUCCCGUUGCAAAUUCGAUUUUUUCAACACUCAACGUAAUCAUCAAACUUGGCAACCUCAUGCUAAAAAAAAUCCACUGUUUGAAACUUGUUCCAUAAAUAAACAUAUGUUGAUUAUAUCUAUGUUUCAUUUAUUGUAUACCAUUUAGUUGAUUUACUCCGCUUUGCUCGAGUUCACUUUAAGGUUGAAGUCGAAAUCAAAAGUUUCUCAUUUAUUGGAAUUUAUUGCAUAUGAAACUUUAUGGAAGAAGAAUUUUGAAUAUCGCACAAUUUUUGGAAUAUUUCCCCAACAUGCUGCCUAGCGCAGCACUUUUAGCUCCCGAAUAUUUAGCUUUGGAUAGUAUAUUUUUAAGAACUGAAGAAAUAAUAAACAUUUGAGAAAAGUUUUUAAAAACCAUUUUCAAGCAGAUUUUUGUUCACUAUCCUCACCCUUGGAAGCAGUGGUUAUUAAUAUCCAUAUUUUCAUCAAAAUCAUGCCCAGAAAUAAAAGUU